UUCGUCCCAUCCUCUCGGAUCUGGCACACGGUUCUCAUCUCACCUUACCUCACCACUUUACUUCUUCUCAUCCCAAACCUUACCUGGCUUUACAAGACGCCGUUCACCAUGGCCAGCAUGUUCCAGCUCAACCCGCACACAUAUACCCAUUACCAGCAGGCCCCAAUGGCGCCCGCAAGACAAUUCUCGCACGGCACCAGCAGCGCCUUCAGCCCCUCAGCCAACCCCGACGAGGACUGGACCAAGAUCUCAGACCUUGCCGAGAGGAGGAGGAUACAGAACCGCAUUGCCCAGCGCAACUAUCGCAAGAAGUUGAAGAAGCGCAUGGAAGAGCUGGAGCGCAAGGCCGGAGUAUCAGACGAAUCCCCCUCUCCCGGCAGUGAGAAGACAAGCCCAGCACCCAAGCCUGCGAAGCGCGCCCCAGCGACCAAGGCACGGAAGCAAUCGCCACCUGCCACCGGCAGACAGGUUGUCGCUCCUCACUUCACAACUCCAUCCUAUGGACAGCACGAUCAGUACCUCUUCAGCCACAGCUACGAGGAUGACAGAGAUCGAUCCACCAGCCCAGUGGGCCCCUACUACCAGACUGGCUACCCUGUUCCUACCAGCGACGAGAUGUUCACUCCCUACAACUUCCACCAAAUGCCCCAAGAUCCAGUCGUAACACUCGCCGAGUACUCAAACACCAUUUCUCUGCCAUCCAUGCAAGCCCUGGAUAGCUACAACAACGGCUUCUUCCCAGGGAUGCCCAUGCACGGAGGCCACCCUCCUCCCUUCGAGCAUCUGACCCCGAAUACUCCGCCUCUGUCACACUCUCUCGAACACUCGGCGGCCUGCUCGGACUCUGGUAGCUACACCGAGUACCCGAAGACGCCGCUGUCCAUGCCUGGCUCGCCUGGUUAUGGUCCACAGCAAUAA